AUGCCAAUAACGAUCGCUUCCUACGGUCCGGAUGUCGCCCGAGCCAAGAAAUACGUCUACUUGUCCGGGGCCGCGUACUGUUUCGACAUUCCCGCCUGGACGUGUCCGUACUGUAAGAAAGCGCAAAGUUUUGGCGAGUUCCACUCGCAAAUUGUCAACAAGGAGGCCAACACGCUGGCUUUUAUCGCGGUUAACAAGGAACUCAAGGAGAUCGUGGUUUCGUAUCGUGGGACGCUAAAUACGGCGAAUCUGGUGGCUGAUAUCCACCCGUCCACCUUGAGCCUGGAUACGGGUUCCAGUCCGCUCGAGCGGGGUAAGAGCAAAGGCCCCGAAACAUGGAUCCACACGGGCAUGAUUAACGCGACUAACUCACUCUAUCCGGAAGUAGUGGACAAAUUGGGCAAGCUGCUGAAAGAGAAUGGCGAUUUUGAUGUGGUGGUGAUAGGCCACAGUCUCGGCGCAGCUUCAGCGAUUUUAACCCUUUUCCUGCUAAAAGAAGAAAUCCGACUCCCCGCAGAUUUUCCGACACCGAAAUCCUACGCCUAUUUCGGCUACGGCACUCCCCGGUUGGGAAACCAGGCUUACGCGGACUACUGGAACGGUCAACCAAUGCAAAUUACCCGGGUCGUAAAUAAGGCGGAUUUUUGCGUAUACGCCAAAUGCUUUGGGUGGGGCCUCACCCUCCCGAAGGAGCAUCACGGUUUCGAAGCUACUCAGAAUCUGGAUAAUGGGCACGAUCAGAAUUACACCGGGCAGCAGGCGCCACCUGGCAAUGCUGCUAACAACUUUCUCCAAGACUUGUAA